AACAGUCAAAAGAAACUUGUUCGUUACGUUUAAGCGUUUAAAUUAUAAAAUAUUCAUUAUUGCUGUUAUUGUUCUUUAGUUAGUUAUAUUAAAAAGUAUUUCUUACGGAUUCUUGGGACAAAACAAACCAUGACAGAAACUGAUGCAACAAAAAGGCCUCUAGAAAUGCCUGAAACAUUUGUCCCAUAUUUAGAAAAGUAUCGAAUUUAUAAACUCUUCAAGAUCAUGCUGGAAGAUCUGGUGCUCAACUUGCCGCGAGACCACCUGAACCACAUGAAGGUGUUCCUGAGGCGGCAGUGCUUGGACUCCUCUAUGGACACAGACAGAGUCAUUCUGCUUGUAUCUCCUGAACUUAAAAUAGAAGUAAAAAAUUUAGUUCGAGAUUUGAUAAAAGAAAUCGGAUUCUAUGUAGUCACACGUCGCUGCGUGAUGGAUCGCUACGAAAAGCAUGACUCUUACGAACCUGGCUGCGUCUCGCCGGCGCUGCUGUCGGAGGUGACCAAGUUGCUGACUCGGACCGAGCAUGUGCCACAGGCGGGUUGGCUCAUGUAUGAUCACCCAUGCACAGUGGCGGAGGCGCGCUGCCUGCAGCAGGAUGGUGUUCUGCCAACAGUGUCGUUGGUGCUGACGCCGCCGCCGCCCGUGGCACCGCGCGCACCGAACCCACACACCCCGCACCGCUCCUUCUUCCAGCAAGACUUUGAAGGCUUGAAGAUUGCUUAUAAGGCUACGCUAAAGGAAGUCCACGUAGAUCCUCAGGACAGUCUAGAGCAGAUCGGUGCGAAGUGCGUGCGAGCUAUCCGCGCGGCGGCGGCGGGCGCGCAGGGCGCCGGGCAGGGCCUGCACGCGCUCGGCGCGCCCGGCGUGUACCGCGUGCUGCUCAUAGGCCCCGCCGGCGCCGGCCGCAGGACGCAGGCCAUGGCCGCCGCGAACCACUUUGAUCUUGUGUAUUUAUAUUAUCAAGACAUAUUCAACGAGGCGCAGCUCCGUAACGACGACAUCGGUGAAAAGUUGCGAAAGUUUGGCGUCAGUGUGCAACUGAAAGCUGAGAUAGUUAAACGUCGCAUUUUAAGAAAGGACUGCAUCGAUCACGGCUGGAUCCUAACUGGAUAUCCUGCUUCCGGUGAGGAUUUUGAACAUUUGGAUCGCAUGCCUACUCCGCCUAAUCGUAUAAUAUUCCUGCACGUGCCACGGGCGGCGUGCAAGGCGCGCGCGCAGGGUCGCGGCGUGGACUGCACGGGGCACGCCGCGCCGCUUGGCUCCGGCCCUCGGGUGCUGCUGCCUGACCCAGCUUUCGAGGCGCAGUUGGACGCCGAGCUGGAUACCUACUUCAGCGAGUCCCUGGCCGAGCUCCGGGCUGCGGCAGGCAUCACUGCCGUGGAGGUUGACGCUACUAAAUCUACUGAUGAAGUGCAAGUGAAAGUGCAAGCCGCCAUCAUGGCAGGGCCGCUCCACAACAUUAAGACUGGUUCGCACAUACGCAACGUACGCGCAGACGAGCUCAUGUUCAUAUCGGAUCAUUCACAAUAGAUUGUCUAUGAGUGAGACUGUCAUGUCGCCACGAGGAUGUGGAGUUCGUUUAUCAACUAUCAUUGCGUGCUAGGCGCAACGCGUAUAGGUGACCAAUCAACAUUGAGCUAUGCUGCGCUGCGCAGUACUCAGCUAAACUAACUUUCUGG